AUGACACAAGUUCAAUCAUUUUAUAUCUCAAAUAUAGAAAAUAAAUUAGCUUAUUUUGAAAAAACACUAUCGACUAAUGAUUUACAAGAGUUGGUGACAUCAGCAACUUUUUUAAGUGAAUCUAAUAAUGAAUCAGAUGUUGAUAGUGAGAAAUUACAAAUUAAUAGCGAUGAAGAGAUUAAUGAAUCAGAUAACGAAUUUGCAGUAAGUAAAAAAGGUCAAGAUAUUGAAAGUGCAGACGAAGAUAUGAGUGAUAAUUUAGAUUUGAGUGAUAAUUUAGAUAUGAGUAAUAAUUUAGAUAAUGAAGAGGAUAUAGAUAAUGAAGAGGAUGUAGAUUUUGUUUCAGUAUCAGAUAGUGAAAAUUUACCUAUUGCACUUCGAAAGGCAUGUU